ACCCAGUGGAGGCUGAGCCUCUGUGAUUCAGUUGUCUCACAGACAGCCUCUUGGUCGGUAACCAUCGUGGCCAAGCCUGAUUAGAGACAUAUUGCAGUUAUGCCUUGGGACCUUGUCACGCUGAAUUCCGGCUAUGUUAUGCCGAGCAUUGCUUAUGGUACAUGGACCCUUGGGAACGGGCAAGGUCCCAUCGACCAGAUCGCGCAAGCUUUCGACACGGGAUACUACCACAUCGACACCGCUCAGGGGUACAGAAAUGAGGGCGAAGUGGGUAUUGCUCUUCACGAAAGCGGUCUGUUGCGCGGAGAUGUAUUCAUAACGACUAAAUACUCUGGUUUCGAUGGGCUCGACAUCCCUACUGCAAUCAGAAACAGUGUCAACAGCAUCGAUACGCCCUACGUAGACCUAUACCUGAUUCAUAACCCACGCCUCGCGGUACCGGACAUCCCAACAGCAUGGUCAGAAAUGGAAAAAGUGGUAGAAGACGGACUGGCAAAGAGCAUUGGUGUAAGCAACUUCGGUGUACAAGAUUUGGAAAUUCUGUUGGCGUCUGCGAAAAUUAAACCUGCUGUGAACCAGAUCCUUCUCCAUCCCUAUGUUUACUUGCAACAGGCGCCUAUAUUGAAGUAUGCUGCUGAACAUGCCAUUGUCAUUGAGGCAUACAGCGCCCUUAAACCACUUACCAAGGAACCUAGUGGCCCGUUAGACGCUCCACUGAAUGAAAUCGCCACUCGACUUGGGGCAACUACAGAUCAGGUGCUUCUCGCUUGGACAAAGGCUAAGGGCGCCGUUAUUGUCACAACCAGUUCCAAGAAGACACGUUUAGAAGGCUAUCAAGAUGCAGGCGAUAUUGAGCUUUCAAAAGAGGAUAUUGCUGCGAUUGAUGCUGCUGGCGCAUUGGGCGAAAAGCGAAUCACCGCCAGAAUAGGGCUGCGGAAGUUUGGUGUUGGGAUUCUAGUUGGGGUUGCGGUGUUGGGCCUCUGCAACUAUUUUAGGGUCAGGAUUGAUAAAAAGUUGUUGUAGGAUAUAUCAUUGUGUUCCGUCGCUUGCCAGGACAUUUCAUCUGAAUAAAUUUCCAGCUAGAUUUACGCGGAGACCUAGUCCUGCCAAUGAAUCAAGCAAUGAAAGGUUAGCAGAUGAGUGUAAAAUACCUAGGCGCUUUCCAAGGUGAAAUUGAAAUGUUGACAUGGAC